CCCAGAUUGCGGAAGAGCGCCGCGUCGCACCCAUGUGGCGUCACCAAUACACCACAGAGAGACACAACUCAGGGUAGAGCGUCCCUUGAAGCGUCACGAGUGCGCCUCGCAGAGCGCCCUUUCCCCGCCCACUCCGGCGCAGUUCUGUCUUUCUGGACCUGGCCGAGCAGCAGGCGCCAUCAUGGGUGUUGACAUUCGCCACAACAAGGACCGAAAGGUUCGGCGCAAGGAGCCCAAGAGCCAGGACAUCUACCUGCGGCUGCUGGUCAAGCUGUACAGGUUUCUGGCCAGACGAACCAACUCGACCUUCAAUCAGGUUGUGCUGAAAAGGUUGUUUAUGAGUCGCACUAACCGGCCACCUCUGUCCCUGUCUCGGAUGAUCCGAAAGAUGAAGCUUCCUGGCCGAGAGAACAAGACCGCUGUGGUUGUGGGGACAGUCACAGAUGAUGUGCGGAUUCUCGAAGUGCCUAAACUGAAGGUGUGUGCACUGCGAGUGAGCAGCCGCGCCCGAAGUCGUAUCCUCAAGGCUGGGGGUAAGAUCCUCACCUUCGACCAGCUGGCCCUGGAGUCUCCCAAGGGCCGUGGCACUGUGCUCCUGUCUGGUCCUCGGAAGGGCCGAGAGGUAUAUCGGCAUUUUGGCAAGGCCCCAGGAACCCCACACAGCCAUACCAAACCCUACGUCCGCUCCAAGGGCCGGAAGUUCGAACGUGCCAGAGGCAGAAGGGCUAGCCGCGGCUACAAAAACUAACCUUGGAUCUUACUGUUAUUAAAAAAAAAAAAAGCUUUGAAUGUUGA